UAUUUAUUUUACAUAAAUGCACAUAUAUACUACAUUAUCAGGCUCGAAUCCACCAUCAAACCCACAUAUUUAUUUUACGUCGAAGCUUUACGCCGAGUUCGUCAAAGAUCCACCACAACCAACGAGCCUGAUAAAGUUGUCUCCGUUGCCGCCAGAGAGAUACGCGAGACGGCGGAUCGAGUUCUUGCUGCUUCGGCUAAAGGUACAACUCGUUGGAGCAGAGCGAUUUUAGCGAGCCGUGUCAGAGCGAAGCUCAAGAAACAUAAAAAGGCGGCUAAGAAGUCAACCGGAAACUGUAAAUCGAGAAAAGCCGCGACGGAGACUAAUCGGAUUAAGUUACCGGCGGUUGAUAGAAAACUCAAGUUUCUUGGCCGGUUAGUUCCCGGUUGCCGGAAAGUCUCUGUACCGAACCUUUUAGAUGAAGCCACCGAUUACAUCGCCGCGUUAGAGAUGCAGGUACGAGCUAUGGAAGCUCUCGCUGAACUCCUAACCGCCGCCGCACCACGGACGACGUUGACCGGACCUUAACCGCGUCAGUUGUGAAUUAGCUUUUUUUUAUUACCUUUUUACCCUUUUUUUUGCUUAAGUGUUUUUUUUUUCUUUUUGGGUUUGGGUCUACGCGAUUUUAAUUUAUUAAAUUCUUGUAU